UUCCUAUAAAUACCGUCGGGUUUCGAUUUCAUUUCCAUCAGUCUCUCUUCCCAGCAACUUCAAGCAAUAACCAACUAUGGCCAAAUUCGCUACUGCUCUCGUUCUCGUCUCGUUUGUGGCCCUCGCCAUGGCUGGUGAUGGAUAUCACUCUGGUGGAUACAAGGCCCAACCUUAUCAUAAGACCGCUUCUUAUCACAAGCCCGCACCUUACAUGAAAGCGAAAGUGCCGUCUUACGUUCCCCAGAAGAAAGCUUACAACAACCCAACUUACGAUAUGGCUGGAUACCAAAGCGAGAUGGGAACUUAUUACAACAAGAAACAAUACAAUGCCAAGCCGUCUUAUCCCAAAAUGGAAUCCAAUUACGGUAGCCAUCAGCAAAAGUCUUACGGCAAUGUUUACCAAGGCUGAAUUGUCUCGUUAUCGCACGGCCAUAUAUCUUGAGCAAACUGUCGAACUCUUUGAUCAAUUUCUUUCAUGUUUUGUUGUCUUUUAAGUGUAUCCAUUGAAAAAGAUUUACCAGAAGAGAAAAAUGAUUGGAUGUAAGUCGUGAAUAAACAAUAGCAUUUUAGGGAAA